GUUACACGCUCUAUCUAGUUCUCUCAUUUCUACCUUGAACAACACAAUACAAAUCCCACUCGCAAACAGAACAAAGAAUCAUAAUAAAAAACACCGAGUUGAGUGAGUUGAAUCGGAAAUGGCGCAAGCGAUUCGAAACGCGAAAGUGCCACCGAACUCAGUGAAUCUGGAAGAAGCGCGUCAACGAGUCUUCGAAUUCUUCAGAAUCGCUUGUAGAUCGUUACCUACCGUCAUGGAAGUUUACAAUCUAUACGACGUUGCUACCAUUUCUCAGCUUCGUUCCACCAUCGCCUCUGAGAUCCGUAGAAACGACCACAUCACCAAUCCCAAGGUCAUCGAUAUGCUGCUUUUCAAGGGGUUGGAAGAGCUGAAGAAUGUUGUGAACCACUCAAAGCAGAGGCACCAUAUCGUCGGUCAGUACGUAAUCGGUCGUCGUGGACUUGAGCAACGGGAAUUGGCUUCAAAAGAGCAGGGCAUCUCUAAUUUUCUGAAGGAUUUCUACAACAGCAAUUACGCUUGAAGUGUGAUCAUGGGUUGUGUUUUCUGUUUCCUCAAAUAAAGAAUUUUCUUAAAUGUUAUGUAUGUCAAUACAGGAUGAAGUUAAUACUGUUAAUUUCAGAUGAAACUGUUACUUUCAUUAUUCCUGGCUUAAUUUGAGAAAGUGGUUUUCUGCUUAUUCUUGUGGACAUGUGUGCAUACUGCUGAAAAAAAAAACUGCGCAUUUUGAAUAAAGGCAUAAUAUUAAGUCUUUUCGAUA